UUACGAGACACACUUUCUUCCUUAACCCCUACUUCAUUUUUAUUCCUGCUUAAGAACUUUUACUCUCCGAGUCACCUGAGUCUAGGGCAAAAUCAUUUUUCAUGGCGAUAAUUUCAGACUUUCAGGAGGACGAACACGAGAGCAAGCCGGCCGCGUCAUCAUCGUCAUCACCCAAAACAUUGCCGUUUAACGCAACAUUCGAUCCGAGCAAUCCGAUAGGGAUUGUGGAGAAACUGUUUGAUUUUCUGGUGAAAGAGACCGACUUUAUGGCUCAAGACACAGCGGAGAAGCAGAUCGUGGCGGUCGUUAAGGCAGCUAAGGAUAAGGUUAAGAAGAAGAUGGCGGAAGAGAGAGAAAGGGAAGCUGCUGCCAAGCAAAAAGAGAGCAAGAGGUUGAAGGAGGAGGAGAAGAAGGUUGAGGUCAAAAAGGAAGUGAAGACUGAGGUCAAGGAGGAGCCUAUGGAGGUUGAUAAGGAGGAGAGUGGCACCAGAGUUCCAAACAAAGGUAAUGGCCUUGAUCUGGAGAAAUAUUCUUGGACACAGACGCUGCAAGAGGUUACUGUGCAAAUUCCAGUCCCUUCUGGAACUAAAUCAAGGUUUGUUGUAUGUGACAUAAAGAAAAACCACCUGAAAGUUGGACUGAAGGGUCAGCCUCCAAUAAUUGAGGGAGAGCUUUACAAACCUAUCAAGGUUGAUGAUUGCUAUUGGAGUAUAGAGGACCAGAAUACCAUCUCAGUUCUUUUGACCAAGCAUGACCAAAUGGAAUGGUGGAAAUGUUUAGUGAAGGGAGAUCCUGAGAUUGAUACUCAGAAGGUUGAACCUGAAAAUAGCAAACUGUCUGACCUGGAUCCUGAAACAAGGCAGACUGUUGAAAAAAUGAUGUUUGAUCAAAGACAGAAGUCUAUGGGUCUCCCAACCAGCGAUGAGAUGCAGAAGCAGGAGAUUCUGAAGAACUUCAUGGCCCAGCAUCCAGAGAUGGACUUCUCAAGAGCUAAGAUAGCAUAGAUGGAACUAUUCAAUUUGGCAGUUGGGUUUUUGAAGAAGGCUGAGGCCCGUCUAUGCUAAUUUUGUGGAUUUCCUUUUUGCUGGGCUUGGAGUGAUAGUAACUUAGGGGCAAUCAGUGGUUCUUCAACUCUGUUCAUAGUUAUAAACAAAAAAUUUUUUGGAUCCAUAAGGUUUACAGUACUAAACUUGAUUAAUAUAGCUUUUGGUGCUGUUUCUGCUUUUACUAUGUGGUUUAAUAGCUAUUGUGAUUGGACUUCUUUCUUCAUUUUCUAUUUUAUGUUAGCUGAUGGUUUUCAUGGUUCUUGCA